UGAUGGUGGUGGUGUGAAUGAGUGGUGGUGUUGUUGAUGGUGGUGACACGCCGUGACGUGGUGGUGACGUCACGGCGUCCCGUGUUCGUGUUGACACGAGAGCCGGGCCCGAGCUGCGCGUCCUUCCUCGCCGCCUCCGCCGCGUGCGACACCCGCGAUCAACGUCCGGUUAAGAUCAAUUCCAUUACCAGGUCGGCGGACCCCCGCGCCAGCCAUCAUCGUCAUCGUUGGGGCAGCCCGGUUGGACAUGAGCGCCGGUUAAGAGGUGCAGCUGGUGUCUGCGGCUGCGUCGUUGAGGGCCCCCUCACCAGUCGCCACGCACAGCUCGCGCCAGCCUCAAGUUUAAGCCAACGAAUUCGGGUCGGCUCCGCUAAUCUUGAAAACAUCAGAGCGGUCGCGAUGGGCGGAGCGGUGAGCGCGGGCGAGGACAACGACGACCUGAUCGACAACCUGAAGGAGGCAUCGUACAUCCGCUCCGAGGAGGUGGAGAGGGCCUUCCGUGCCGUGGACCGCGCCCAGUACUACCUGGAGGAGUUCCGCGACAGUGCAUAUCGUGACCUCGCCUGGAAGCACGGCAACAUCCACCUGUCGGCCCCAUGCAUCUAUUCUGAGGUCAUGGAGGCACUGAAGCUGCGGCGUGGGCUAUCCUUCCUUAACCUGGGCAGCGGCACAGGCUACCUGAGCACCAUGGUUGGGCUCAUGUUGGGUCCAUUUGGUGUGAACCACGGCGUGGAGCUGCACGGGGACGUGGUGGAGUACGCACGUGAGAAACUCGAUGCCUUCAUCAAGACAAGCGACGCCUUUGACAGGUUUGAGCUGUGUGAGCCACGCUUCGUGGUCGGGAACUGCCUGGAGAUGCGCGUGGAGAGCGUGCAGUACGACCGUGUGUAUUGCGGCGCUGGCGUGCAGAAGGACCACGAAAACUUCAUGAAGAACCUGGUGCGCGUUGGGGGCAUCCUCGUCAUGCCCAUGGAGGACCAGCUGACACAGAUCACACGGACAGGACAGAACGCGUGGGACGUGAAGAACAUUCUGGCCGUGUCCUUCGCUUCGCUGGUGCUGCCCGGAACCACGCGCACGGACGGCGGCAUCUGCCUGCCUCUCCUGGAGGUGCGCUCUCUGCAAGAUCUGGCCCGUCUCGCUAUCCGGCACACGCUGCGAGAGCUCAUUAAUGCCGAGACGGGAGGUCAGGGCUUCUACUCGAGCCCUCGGCCCCCCAAGCCAAGACGUAAACGCCGUCGUCCCCGUGGCCGUCGCAUCAACACGUUUGUGUUCGUGGGGAACCAGCUGCUGCCGCACCACUUCGACUCGGACUAUGAGAGCGACGAAGCCCGUGCGGAGGAGGGGGGGGGCGGCGGGGGCACCGGCGACGGCGCCAGGGAUGCGUGCGAGGGCGCCGACCCCGACGCGGACGACGCGGAUCCCGAUGCCGUUGACCGCGACGCGGUCCCGGCGCUCGGGGAAGACGGCGCCGCCGCGUCGGCCGUGGUGGCCACGCCCAAGGGAUGCGGCGGCGGCAACAGCACGGGCACCAACUGCGUGGGUGGCGCGCACAGCACCAGCUCCAGCAGCUGCAGCAGCGCUAGCGGCGCUGCGGGUGGGCGGCCGGCGGGGGAGGAGCCCGAGCGCAACUUCCUGCGCGAGCGCGUGCUGGCGCUGCCCCUGCCCGAGGCCCUCAAGGCGUUCCUGCUCUACUUCCGUGAUAAGUGACGGCCUCCUGAAGGAGGAGGCGUGAAGCGUCGCAAAGCGCUCUCGAUUUGACGACCGCGAAGAUAACAUUUCACCGAACUGCCGGCCCCGCACGGCGCUUGGCGCUUGUCACAGGACACGCGCUCAGGGAAUUCUUAAAAAUGCCCCUCGAGACGAGCGUCUGAGUCUGCUGCUGCUGCUGCCGGGACCCUCGGCUUCCUCCAGGGAGCGACCCCCUCCUCCCUCGCGCCGCAGGCCUGGGCUCCACUCUUCCUCGGUGUUGCUUGUGGAGCACCGGACCGCUUGUAGGGUUUUAGGGCAACAUCUAGCCUCUACUAAAUCGCUGCUCUGUACUUCACGCAGCAAGUAGUCUGUUUUGACCGCUUAGAGUGUGUAGAGAGUCACUUUUUCCACCCAAGUGUUUAUGUGAUGACUUAAGCAGAGUGGGUCCGGUAGCAUUGCCUCUGUCAAACGAGGAGAAAACCCCGUGGGCUUGCACCGAUCCACUUUUGACGCUGUACAUGAGUUGUAAAUAGUGUUUAAGAUAAAACGUAAGAAAAAAAGUCUAAAAUAAAUCAUGUUAGCCUUGUAUCGCAAUAUUACACCGUUUUGAAAAGCUGAGCUGUGCGUCUCGUGUCCCUGGGCUGUGUGACUCCCACAGGGCUGCGAGGGGGUUGAGGGUCAGGGUGAGGUGACUGCUGCUCGCCACUCUUUGCUCGCUCCGAGCGGGGAGGUGUGCGGGCAGCCACUGCGGUCGGUGAGCACUUUAGCACACGCGACAGCGGGUCCACUCGAAAUCGACGAGGCCGCGAGGACCCAGCGGUGCCACAGCCCCUCUGCUCGGGAACGCUGCUGGGGAUGGCAGGGGAACACGGUGGUGCCGUGGACGCGGGGCCCUGCGCAGCGAGCGCCACUCCCUCCCUGUAGGCAAUUAGAGCAGCGCACGUCGUCAUUGUUCGUUUUUUUAUUAUUAAUGUAGGGAUGCAUGUGUUUUUCACUUUUCAUGAAACACAAUGUCAGCCGAUUUGUAGCCGAUUUUCAGUGGAGAGCAGUGGUAAGGGUCACAGAGUUUGGUGAUGUGGAAGCUGAGGUUUUUGCAGAAAAAUUUUCAACGGAAUGGAAUUUCGUGGAAUCCCGGAUGCGGAGAGAAGUCUGAGUCUUAGCGCUGGCGCGAGGGUGCCAGGACAUGGGUGGCGGCGCGGGUAGAGAUGUUCCUCGAUGUGCGUCACGGAGUCAUGUAGAUAAACGCAAUCAUCAAUAAAAAUGAGAAUCAAAGUUG